CCAGCAAGAACCCGUGGAGCUAACUCAACUUUUUCCUCUUCAGGAGAUCAGGCGAUGGCAAUGUUUUGCGCAAGCUCACUAUUAGGUUCCUGCUACUCCCCACCAUUCCCAACGCGACUCUCCACUCAACGACUGCAGCGUGGCCUCGCCUCGCCGCCCUUCGCCCGAUGCUCCGGGCCUGCCACUCCGGCGUCCAUGGUCUCUGCCGGCGGCGGCUGUGCUCCGGUGCAGGCCAUGACCGUGGAAAGGGACUUGCACAUGGCAGCCGGCGACGGGAAGCACAGCUACGCCGUCAAUUCCAUCUUCCAAAGGAAGACCGUAAUGGAGAUCUGGCCUGAGCUCCGCAAGGCCGUCAAGGAGGCGGUCAAGUCGCUCUCCCCUGGGACUGGGAGCACGAUGGUCGCGGCUGACCUCGGCUGCUCGUCGGGGCCAAACACGCUGCUCGUCAUCUCCGAGGUGAUGAGCACGGUCAGAGCCCAUGUCCGGGACAACAGCGGCGCCAUGGAGGUGCAGUUCUUUCUGAAUGAUCUGCCGGGCAACGACUUCAACCUCGUCUUCCGGUCGCUCGAGCAGCUCCAUGGCCCUGUCGCCGCGGAGGAGAAGGCGGCGGCCGCCGCCGCCCCUUGCUACGUCGCCGGACUGCCUGGGUCCAUGUACACAAGGAUUUUCCCGUGCCAGAGCGUCCAUCUGUUCCACUCAUCGCACUGUCUCAUAUGGCGCUCCAAGGUCCCUGAGGAUCUCUCAAAUGGAACCUAUGUGAAUGCUGGCAACAUCUACAUUGGGAAGACUACUCCACAAGUUGUGGUAAAACUGUUCCGGGAACAAUUUGAAAAGGACUUUGAGUUGUUCCUGACACUGCGGUGCAAAGAACUUGUAUCGGGCGGCCGUAUGGUCCUAACAUUCGCUGGCCGAAAGCGGGGAGAGAUGCCAAUGCACGGGGGUGUGGCGCGUGUUCGGGAACUGCUUUCCGAAGCUCUUCAGCACCUAGUCCAGAAGGGCCACAUCGAAAAGAAGAAACUAAGAUCCUUCAACAUGCCAUACUACGCGCCAUCAGGAGAUGAGGUGACACAGUUGAUCAAGAAGAACGAUCUAUUCGAUAUUGAAGAUAUCAGACUUUUUGAGUCAAAUUGGGAUGCCCAUGAUGACUCAGAUGGAUAUACUGUUCCCGAUUGUUCCAGCAGUGCGGAAAACAUCGCCAAGAUCAUAAGGGCUGGUAUUGAGCCAUUGAUCAUCAACCAUUUUGGUGAGGACAUCCUUGACGAGCUGUUCAUGGCGUAUACCUCCAUCCUUGAGAAGGACCUUGAGAAAGGGAAGGCCAUGUGCCCUGUCAUUCUGGUCCUCUUGAAAAAGUCCAAGCACUGAAAUUGGCCAUUGGGGUAACCCUGGGAGUUGUGCAUCGGAUUACUGAUAUGCCCCAGAGGAAAUAUAAAGAUGUUCGUGUUGCGUCUAUAUUCAUAUGUAUCAAA